CCGCGAGCAAAGGAGUCGGUGUCGUGUGCGGAAACGAAGCUCUUAGGAGCCGAGGAUAGAUUUCACAGGAACGUAGUGCCUUGUACCGAAAGACGCACUUUAGCUGCUAUUAGGAAGUACUUAAAAAAAUCGGGGAGGUCGUUUCCCUUGCAGUUCUGCCACCAUCUGCUGUGUGGACUGAGUCAGCGUGAGGUUUGUGGCAACUCUGCAUCAAGGAAGUUUAUUGAAAUCAUUUUUCCAGAUGUGCUCAUUUCAUAUCUGUGAGUCACAUUUUGAUUAAGAGCCAUAGGAUAACAUGAAUUUUCAUGGUUUCUGGAGAAGAAGACAGGACAUGCAAUCUUUAGGAGUUUCUCAAAAUAGAAAGGUCAUGCAGUCUGGAACGUGUGAACCCUUUCAAUCUCUAAGUGAUCAGAGAAAUGAUGAAGAGGCAGUUGUGGAUAGAGGUGGAACUCGCUCUAUUCUCAAAACACAUUUUGAGAAAGAAGAUUUAGAAGGUCAUCGGACACUAUUUAUUGGAGUUCAUGUGCCCCUGGGAGGAAGAAAAAGCCAUCGACGUCACAGGCAUCGUGGUCAUAAACACAGAAAGAGAGACAGAGAGAGAGAUUCUGGACUAGAGGAUGGAAGAGAAUCACCUUCCUUUGAUACCCCAUCACAGCGGGUUCAGUUUAUUCUUGGAACUGAGGAUGAUGAUGAGGAACACAUUCCUCAUGACCUUUUCACAGAACUGGAUGAGAUUUGCUGGCGUGAAGGUGAGGAUGCUGAGUGGCGAGAAACAGCCAGGUGA